AUGAAUAUAUCAAAUGUAUCUUUAACAUUACCUUUCACUCUUCAUACCUCAUGUCUUCAUAUGCAAGUUAAAUCUGGUUCUAAAACUAAAAAUUUAGUUCAAUAUGUUAAACGAAAAUUAUUAUUAACAGAUAAUAUUAUUGAACAAAUAACAUGGAAUGCGUAUGGUGAUGGUAUAUCUAAAGCAAUAGCAUGUGCUGAAAUGCUUAAACGUCAAUCAGAAUUAGUUUUUCAUGAAUAUGUACAAAUUGGUUAUAAAACUAAUGAGAAAAUUCAAACUUCAGAUAAAAUUAAAUUAAAUAAAGAUAUUCCAUCGAUUUGUAUUCUUCUUUCAAAAAUUCCUUUAAUUAAAACGGAUGAAAAAGAAGAUUAA